AUGGUGAACCUUUCCAUGUCACGCUAUAGCUACUUGAAUGGUGGUGAUGCCAUUGCUCCGGCUCUCCACCCACCCCAACUUGGGGCAUUGUGGACACAGCAAGUGAAAUUAUUUAGCUCCAGUGUGAGCCUUGCAAGAGAUGCUACUCUCAAAUUGGUGGACCCAUUUGGGACUCGUAAUUCUGCUACCUAUGAGAAGAUCCGAUGCAAUCAAGAUGAAUGUAAUUAUUCAACCGGUUUAUACUGCAUGGAAGAAGAUCAUUUUUGCAAUUAUGUGGUGGCUUAUGGUGAUGGGACAUACUCAACUGACUAUCUCGCUGCUGAAACCUUAACCUUUAUAGAUCAGGAGUUCAAGGCAGGGAAGGUUUCGUUAUCAAACAUGCUCUUUGGUUGUGGAGCUUAUAAUGUUGAUUCAUUGGAAGGCGGAUGCUACUACCCUCCACCAGGUAUGGUUGGCCUUAACAAUCAAAAGUCAUCCCUCAUUUCACAGCUCGAUUUCGAAGGAUUUUCUUACUGUUUCACACCCAGUGAAGCCGAUGUCGAUACCCCACUAUACUUAGGUGCUUUAGCAAGGUAUGAUGGUGCUAGGGCACCAAUUCUGAGUGUGGGUUUGCCAGGCCGCUACUACUUAGACUUGCAAUGCAUCAGUGUCGGUGACCAAUGCCUUCCUCUUGCGCCAGAGACUUUCAAUGCAACUUAUGUUAGGAGGGGAGACAGAAUGGAGUGGAGAGGGGGCUUCAUGAUCGAUUCAGGUAUAACAUAUACACUUCUCAUACCAGUUGUCGUUCAAAUUUUGAAGGAGACCGUGAUACAGAAGACAAAGUGUCUUCGUCAAAUGAGUGAAACCACUAGAACAUUUCAACUUUGCUAUCGAGCUACUCUUGCAAAGAUUGAGCAGAAAACACCAAGCAUAACCUUCCAGUUCAGCCAAGUAGCAUCCUUCGUAGCGAGUGGAUCGAAUUCAUGGGUUCCUGUUGGCCUAGGACUAGCAUGCUUGGCUAUCAUCCCUACCGGUACGUCAAGUGAUGUCUAUAUCUUAGGAAAUGUUCAACAACAAAACAUUAACGUUGAUUACAAUUUAAAGGAGGGGUUUGUUUCUUUCAAGUCCAUGGACUGCACCAAACUCUAG